UACAGCAAUAUCCGAGUUUUUGAAUACGGUGCUAGCGAGCCGUAUUAUUGGCCAUGGCACGCUGAGAGUCUGAGACAGAUAUGUUGCACCCACACCGACACAGUCUCGAGUAUGUCGACCUUAACUCCGACCAAGGAGUCUACUCUUUCCCCACGGCGUUCGUGCGACCUCGUGGAGGAUCACCAUUCGAUGGUAAUCCGUUCCUAUCAGAUGGUGUCUUACCCAAACCCUUCAAGUCGUUCAGUGAUUACGACUCACUGCGUACCUUACGAGUCACCACACAAGCCCUGCUCGAUCUCGCUACAAGCCGAGCACCUGAUAAGUUUCUUCCUCGUCAGCUAGAGGUAUUGCACUUUACGUAUUGCGAUGAGCUUGUAAUCCCACACCUCGAGAUCCUGAUCUCUGAUCUUUCCAAUACAAUGUCAAAGUUGGAAAACAUUCGCAUCGAUCCCUGGAAUCUGAACAUCGCUUGGCGAUAUCAACAAGAUGAUGAAAACCCGGCGUUCGGCCACCGCGGAGGAAAAGUAACGGAUCAUAAAUUUGAAGCAAACACGCGAUGUUUGUGAGGUUGCAGAGUGUUGGGCAGAUGUUUUGGCGCUCCUGUGAAGAGCUGCAGGGUAUCAUUCUGGCUUCAGGACAGCAGCACUUCGCCCUGGAGUAUCGAUUUCUGAUCUCGGUAUUUGAAUGGCAUCAUUCGGCUGGUGUAGUUGGUGGACGAGGGCGAUCAAGCUUCUUCGCUCUCACUAAAGUCGAUAUCGCGGUAACCUCCCCAUGUGCUAAACUCUGUCACGCGUAUAGCUGUGGAAAUGCAC